CUUGAAAGAACUUGACGUUGCUACCAACCUUCCGAAAUUGUUCACCCUGAUUUCUUUUUCGUCCAACUUUUGUAAAGCAACGUCAUGGCUCCAGUGGUGAAAGCCGUCGCGUCUGUCAAGACGAAACCCGGCAAGGGUGGCAAACUGCCCAAGAAGCAGCUGCUACGAGGCAAGAAUGCCCUGAAGAAAAAGAAGGAGCACUUGCGUUUUGGAGUCGACUGCACCAACAUUGCCGAAGACAAUAUUAUGGAUGUCGGUGAUUUCGAAAAGUACCUGAAGGAACGCUUCAAGGUCAACGGAAAGACUGGAAAUCUUGGAAACAGCGUAUCUUUCGAACGACAGAAGAUGAAGGUCUACGUCAACUCUGAUGUGCACUACUCCAAACGCUAUCUGAAAUACUUGACCAAGAAGUAUUUGAAGAAGAACAGCUUGCGUGAUUGGAUUCGUGUCGUAUCCAACGAUAAGGAUUUGUACGAACUGCGCUACUUCAGAAUCAGUUCCAACGAUGAUGAAGAAGAAGAUAACGAGUAAGCUUUCUGAAUACAUGUAAAGGCUUCGGUUUAAGAAGUUCAAAAUGA